GAACAGCCUCUCUUGAUUGAGGACUUACUGGAACAAGAGAAGCAAGAGCAGAUGAAGCAGCAAAAGGCCAACCAGCAGCAGCAGCAGGAGACCCUCGGGCAGGAUGACCUGAACCUCAGUGACAUGGAGUUCGAGAAGCUCAAGGCAGACGUCCUGUCUGUAGGGAAUACAACAGUUGGCUUGCCCUCAAUAGCUGGAGGACAGGUAAUAGGCACUAAUGCCAGUGUGCGGCAGCCCUUCCAGCGGGUUGUUGGCCAGCCCCCUCCUCAAGGUGCAGGUCAGGCCAUGUACCAAUCGCCGUGUCCUGCCCAGCCAGCAACCCGACCAGUGAGACCGCAGGGAGACCCAGGCAUGCAUCCAGCCUUGUUGCAAGCUGUUGGGUCACGAGGAACAGUUCCGUCAUCACCAGGUACUGUGAACAUCAAGACUUUACCACCACCUCCACAACCACCGGACAAUCCCCAGACUGAAGCAGAAAGGCACCAGCAACUUCAGUACGAAAACUGGCUCACACAGCAACACAGCCUUAUUGCCUCACAGCAGAGACACUAUGAUACAGAGAUUACAAAGCUGCGCAAGCAGCGGAAGAGCCUGAACAGCCGCCAGAGAACGCUGAAGAAGAAUGGACAAGAACUGAGUGAGCAUGAUGCAGCUGAACUAGCUCGUGUGCAACGUGAUGCCUCCACCAUUCAGCGCCACCUAGAACAGUGUCGUAAGUCGGCGAGGCAGCAUGCUAUGAUUGUGCAGGAAUACAAUAACAAAAAGAGGCAAAGACAGGCCCACAUGAUGAAUACACAGAGUGGUGUUAUUGGUCCUGGGAACCCUGGGCAGUUGAUGAGUGGGGCUUCGCCAAUGGGACCUACUGGCUCAUCCCCCAUGCACUCCACCCCCCAGAGUCCCCUCAUGUCUCCAUCACCUUCCUCACAGCCAGGGAUGGGCCUUAGUCCCAUGGUUCCUUCCCCUCAUACACCAGCCGCUUCUCCCAACCCUGCCAUAGUACCUCAGCACUCUCCACAUGCAAUGGUGGUUCCAGUCCCCCAUCCCUCACCUGGAGAAUCCCCGUUCAGUCCUCAGACACGCAUGCCAUCGCCUGGUGGGGGUUAUCCAGACCAGGGGCCUCGUGCCCCUUACCCUGGGCCUCAGGGGAUGACUCACCACAUGAUGGGUCCACAGAUGAGAGUGCGAAUGCCAGUGCACAGUCCAGGGAAUCAGACUGUGCAGCCUGGGCAGAUGUCUCCCCACAUGAUGGGAGUGCGUCCAGCAUAUCCUCAGCCAGGUGUCAUGAUGUCUCAAGGUCAAGCUCCCAUGAUGAUGAGACACCAAUACCCACAAGGAGUCAUGCCACACAGAAGACCGUCAGGUUCAGGGCCGGUCCCCAGCCCGGGCUCGGGUCCCAGCCCAAGUCCAGGAGGACCAGUCCCCAGCCCUAUUGGCGGUGGCAUGGCCAUGAAACCAAGUCCAGUUCAGAGUGGCCUGAAGAGUCCAGUGCCAUUGGCCAGUCCAAGUCCAGGGGGACCAGUCCCAAGUCCCCUCUCUGGCAGCAUGGCAAUGAAGCCUAGUCCAGUUCACAGUGGGUUAAGGAGUCCCGUACCCCUUGCCAGCCCUCAGAUGCGGCCACACAGUGUGGAGAAUCCAAGUACACCUCUGACACCACGUAGUGUAGGUGCGGGGGAUAUGGGUGGAGCUCCUCAGACCCCACACAGUGACAUGGGUGGUGCCAGUGGAAGCAACAGCCAAGUUAACAGUCCUCACCCAUCUGUGCCAACACCUACCAGUGAUGCAGUGCCCUCACCUGUUCCUUCAUCAACGCCUUCAAUGGUUCAAGGGGGUCAGAGAGUGGGAGGAGGAGGAGGAAAUGCCAACAAUCCUAAUAAUCCUGCACCAUGUCCUCCAUACAUGAGACGAUUUGGUUACUUCAAGUUGGGUCUAAGAGGUGGUGGUUUUGUGAAGAGUCGCUGGGGACAUUUUAAGCUCGGCCUCAAGGGUGGAAUGCCUCAUGGUGAUGUAGAAAACAAUGUUGUGCAAGCUACCUCUAAUAGCGGACUGUCAACUACAUUACCAACUACCACUACCACCAUUGCACAUACUUCUUCGGAGCCUUCCACAGUCAGAGCUGCAAGUACUCCUGUAGCCUCGCUAAAGAACGAACCUGAGGGUGAUGAAGGGCAGGAAGGUCUUGCGCAUGUUCUAAGUGAGAGUGGACCAAUCAAAGGACCAAUUGUUCGGAUGCCAAUGAUAGGAGGAGGAGGGCAGAGGGUAAGCCAGUCAGCCUAUGUGUCGGCAGGCUCAUCCGUAACCAUGACACCCCAGUUAAGUGCAAAUGCUAACAAGGUUUUAGUUCCUGAACCUUUGAAGUCAGAAAUUCCACCUUCCAGUCGGCACCAGGCAGUCAUUGGGAUUCCAGGUGGGGGUGCCAUCUUCUCACAGAACAAUAUGUAUCCAACUCACACAGUGGCCCCAGGCAUCCGAUUGCCAACUGCCGUGUCAACAGUCAACUACCCUUCAACGCUACCAAACCAAAACCAAGUGUCUGCCACGAGCACACUAGCUAGUGUAUUAAGCUCAUCCAGUGGCAGUAGUAGCUCUGCAAUUAACAGUAGUCUUGUCCCUCCCCCCAUUAUGUCUGUCACCUCAUCAGCAGAAACUUUACCAAGCUUAAAUAUUCAAAGCACAAGUCAGCCUUCAGAUGAUGUACAAACAUUGAGCAAUGUGGUGAGCAUAAAUAACCAGGUGAGUGGUAUAACCAGUGGCCUGACAAACUAUGCCAGUACAGCAAAUGUACCUCUCAACUCCUCAGCAACAACUAACACGACUCCAUCUCUCAGUCGACCACUGGUGAGUGUUCCAGUCCAACAGAUUGGAAUCCAGCAGCGGCCCAUGUUGCAGACUUUAACAACAACAGUAGCUACCCCACAGGUCAGAACACUCCCAUCUAUUGGUAACCUACAGGCGGGGACACGUCAGUUUAAAACCUUGAUAAGAGCCUCUGUAGGCCAGCAUCCAGGUGUUAUACAAACAGGUCAAGAUCAGGCAGGUAACCAGAUUGUUACUCAACAGCAAGUGCUUCAGCACACAUUACCUCAGCAGGCUGGUGCCCCACCAACUUUAGGUCAGCAAACUUGGGUCCAGACUUCUGGUGGGCCUAUUCCUCAUAGUGGGGUUGUUGUACAAGGUGGAGUGCCACAGACAGUGGGCGUACGUAUGGUCCAGCAGCCGAUGAUGGUUCAACAAACACUUGUGCGCAGUGGCAACAUGAUGGUCCGACCUGGAACAACAGGUCAAGGGGGAGUGAGAAUGAUGAUGAUUCAUGGAGUGCAGCCUGUGCGCACACCUUCACCACCAGUAAACAGACCAGCUAUGAUGCCCCCACCUGCUGCCAAAUCACCAGCAGGGCAUUCUGCUAGUCCAAUUCCUCGUGUAUCUCCAGCACCCUCUCCUUUAUCAAACCACCCAUCUCCACACUCUCCUCAAGUGAAAGGGCAGUCUCCUCUCAUGAGUUCUCCAGCCCCUAGUCCUCAUGGGCCACAUACGAAUGUGGCUGUGGGAAUGAUUAAAAGAGAGCCAGAUGAUGAGCACACCAAUGUCGUAUUACCACCCCAUCAUACUAUAGCAGGAUCUGUUACGCAGCAGCAAGCUGGUACUGUACACAUGACAAUCAGUGGAGUUCAGCCACACACUACUGCAAAUGUCCAUGUUGUUAAUCCACAGCAUGCAUCUACAAUUGCAGGAACAAUAAAGACUGAAGGUGUGAGUGAGGGAAUGAACAAAGACUCCUCAAAUGCAUUACUGAAGCAGCUACUAGAGAAUACAGGUUGUGCUAACUCCAUGUCACAGCCUUCUUCAAGUCCCCUAGUUCUGUUCAGGUCCCCUCAAGGAACUGUACCAGUUCCUUCAUCUAAUCUGACCCACAUUGCUUCACAGAUACCAAACCCGACACCCAUUGUGGUGUCACGUAGUAGUGUACCAGCCACACUUCCUGCCUCUCAUCCGACAGUGUUGCAGGCUACUACUUCAGCAACCAUGGUACCUCAGAAUGCAACUGUACAACAACCACAACAGCAGCAUACCGUGGCAUCAGGUUCCUUACCACAGCAGCUAGGACCUAACCCACAAAUGAUUCAAAGGUCUGUUGUGGUUUCAUCAGGCCCACAUCCACCACAGGGGCCAGUCACCCACACUGUUGUCAUGGGACAGCAGCACCAGCUGAUUGCACACUCAGAUGGGCAUGGUAACCUUACCCACACUGUGGCUCGUCCUGGUGUGCCCUACACAGGCCAGCAUCAUGUCGUGGACCCUCAUAAUGCUGGUCCUCAGCCAUCUAGUCAACACAUAGGUGUGCGUCAAGUCACCACUCACCACCUCAGUCAUCCAGGCAUGAAUUCAUCGGCAGGGCACCAUGUCAUUCAGGGUCAGCCCCCACACCAGACUGUGACUGUCAGCCACCCAAACCAUCCAAUGGGUCACCCUCUCCCUCACUCCAAUCCACAAAUGGUUGUCCAUCCUGGUAUGAGGCCCACACAUCCUGGUCAACAUCCUAUGGUUAAUGCACAUGCACCUGGGACUCAUAUUGUUACUGGACAGCGACCUCCUUUAGCCACUGCAGUAUUAAACGCUACUCCAACACCAGCAAGUUUGGCUGACAGAGUCAACAGUAAUCCAGCCCUUAAAACUGAAAUGCGAGUCAUGAUUCCGGAGACUGUCUUGGGGACUGGUGCCAGCACGGGUGAGCACACACCAGAGAUGACUACACCAAACGAAGGUUCCGACUCACUGGACCAUGAGGAGAAGAAAGCCCGGAAGAGGUCACAGCAAGCCAGGAGGAAGAGCCAGAGCAAAGACACCAAAGUCCAGCCAGCAAAGCGAGCUAGACAAGGCUCAAGAGUAGAGGAGGACUAUGAUGCUUACAUUGAGAAUGUAAUGCAGCAGCUGAGAGGCAUGCCACCUCUCACCAUAAUGGAGCCAGAAGUGCCAAAGAAUUUUAACCUCUGUCCCAUGUUUGGCAGUGGAGAUCUGAGCAAGCUUGGUAGAAGAGAUUAUAACCAUCGGCAAGGAUUGCUAGAGGGUAAAGAGGGCCAUCUCACUGUUAAAAAUAUCACUGAUUAUUAUAGUACACAGCCAUUUGGGGAUAAACCACCAAUGGUCACACCAGCUAAGACAAAUCCUACACAGAGAGGAUUUUAUAUCCAUGAAUUUACACCACCAAAGAUUGGCCUUCCCUUAGAUGAAUAUCAGGAAGGGGAAACAGUUGUUGCUAGUUCCAAUAGACCCACACCAGCACAAACUCCAACCCGAGAUGCUGAUUCCCCUGACACAGUAUUAAGUUCUUCGUCACCAGAAUGUAUUCUUCCAGAGUCACCUCUUCCAUUCAAAGGUCUGAGACUUGUUGACAUGGAUGAAGAUCACCAGGAUGAUCAGCGUGAUCGCUCUCUCUCCCCUGCCAUCCCUCUUCUGGUACCCACUCCAAUCAGACCAGGCCAACUGCCAUUCAUGCCGCAAAUCAAGGAUGGCAAGGAUGUACCAGAGUUAGAUAAGGAGAACAUUGGCAGUCUAGCUAGUAUCACUAUGAAGAGCCGGCUAGGCCAAUCUCCAGCUUUGCCUCUGAAAGAUAUGGGGAAUGUGAGUGUCACACUAACGCUGUCCUCACAGGCUGGAGAAGAUGUGUCUGGUAUUCUGCGAUCUUUAGCAAAUCUCUUAAACAUUCCUCCUCCAUCGUCAUAUCAGAUGGCAGAUCGCAUUGAACCCCCCAAACUACCAAGGGUUUACCGACACAAACACCCGAAGGAUGGGGUAGAGCAACUUGUUGAUAUCCAGAGCAUCUUGAAUGGUCAGGCCAGAUUUUGUAGACAUUGUGAUGUGAUUAUAUUGAAAGACAUUCUGUGUAAGAAAGUCUCAGAACUUCCUUUCCUAAAUAAGAGCGAUUACGAAAGCGUGGAUGAAGUGACAUUCUGUUCUCAGCAAUGUUAUAUCCAGUUUGCUGUUUCUCAUCGUGUUGUGGUUGAAGAUAGAGGCAAAUUAGAAGGAAGUAGCAGGUUUGCUAAGGUGAAAGAUUCUUGUGGAGAUAAUACCAAAGACCCUUCCAUUUUAUCUGAUGAUGCACUGCUUGAUUGGUCAAAGGAGGAGGGCAUGGAUGAAGUUUUGAAGGUGCCACAGCUGGAAGACUCAUUACAUUCUCGACCAAACAAGCACAAACUGGAAGAGGACCAGGAACAGUACCCGAGGCAGGCUGAUGGAAAGCGGUUCCGUGGACACAAGUACAAAUGCUGGACACCAAAUGCACUGACCCUUCCAGAGAAAUAUGAAAAGCCCACACCCAAGGAGAUGACAGAUCUGUUGUUUAGAAUGGGGAUCACAUACAGAAAACCAAGGCUCAAAGAUGAUUCUCGGAAGUGCACGCUAUGUGGUCUGUAUGGUGAUUAUGUAGCUGACGGUCCUUCUAGACUCUUGAAUUUUGAUGUUGACAAGUGGGUGCAUUUGAAUUGUGCUCUCUGGGCAGAUGAGGUUUAUGAGACCAUGAAUGGGGCUUUAAUGAAUGUAGAAGCAUCUCUGAAGAAGGUGGCAAAUUAUGUAUGCGAACAUUGCGAGCAGGCGGGAGCAUCUGUGAAGUGCUUUAAAGUUCGCUGCAGUAAAGUUUAUCACCUGAAUUGUGCAGUGAAGGAGGGUUGUACCUUCUACAAGAACAAAACUGUAUUUUGUCAAGAGCAUAUUAACAAAGGAGAAAAAGACAAUGAGCUGUCAACUUUGGCUGUGUUUCGGCGAGUGUUCAUAGACCGAGAUGACAACAGACAAGUCGCCUCUGUGAUGCACCACGCAGAUCUAAGUUAUGUCCUGCGCAUUGGCUCUCUAAUCCUAAUAGCCAUCGGCCAGCUGUUCCCUCACCAGCUGCAGGCAUUCCAUACACCAUAUUGCAUCUACCCUGUGGGCUAUCAAGUUAUUCGUUACUACUGGAGUAUGAGGCGUCUCCAUAAAAGGUGUGCAUAUGAAUGUUCCAUCCAUGACAACAGUGGCCAGCCAGAGUUCAGAAUAACAGUGAAAGAAGAAGGCUAUGAUGACCACACUUUCAUCAGCUGUUCUCCAAAGGGGGUGUGGAACAAAGUGCUGGAACCUCUUGCAGAAUUAAGGCAAAAGGCUGAUGUGGUGAGACUCUUCCCUCAGUAUAUCAACGGCGAAGACCUCUUUGGUCUCACUGAGCCAGCCAUUGUCAGGAUUCUAGAAUCUCUACCAGGUAUCGACACUUUGGCAGACUACAAUUUCAAGUAUGGUCGCAAUCCAUUGUUUGAGCUUCCUCUGGCUGUGAAUCCAACUGGCUGUGCUCGGUCAGAGCCCUUCAACAAAAUGCACCUCAAACGGUACCAUGGAAUGAGAACAAGUGUUGGGUCAGUCCGUAGCAGCAGCAAUUGCAGGAACGCCGCAAGUGUGGCCAACCUGACUAUGACCUUUGACCCCUACAGCAAGCUUCAUGUCCACUCCAGGUCGUCACAGUAUAAAAGAAUGAAAAAUGAGUGGAGAAGUGUUGUGUACCUGGCCAGAUCAAAGAUCCAGGGCCUUGGGCUGUAUGCUGCACGAGAUAUUGAAAAGAACACCAUGAUCAUUGAAUACAUUGGAGAGAUCAUUAGAUCAGAGUUGGCAGAGGUGAGAGAGAAGCGCUAUGAGGCCCAGAACCGUGGUAUCUACAUGUUCCGGCUGGAUGAUCAGAGGGUGGUGGAUGCGACAGUGACGGGUGGCCUGGCUCGCUAUGUGAACCACUCCUGUGGUCCCAAUUGCUACACAGAGACCAUCGAGGUGGAGAGAGACCUCAAGAUUCUCAUCAUCUCCAAUAGGAAAAUUCUCAGAGGGGAAGAGCUUGCGUAUGACUACAAGUUUGACGAGGAGGAAGACCACAAGAUCCCAUGUCUGUGCGGCGCUGAGAACUGUCGGAAGUGGAUGAAUUAAGCAAGGAAGGAGUCAGUACAACUAAAUAAUUACAGUUACGUCCAUUGAGUUUGAAGAACUCCUCCAGAAAACAGAACAAAGUAAACAAAUAAACAAAACAAAACAAAAAACAGUAUAAAAAACAAUUUUUUUGGUAUUAGGAAAUAUUUAAAAAAGUAUAACAAAAAAGAAAAAAAAUAAACAUACAACUUCUAAAAGUAGAAUGUGCCUUGAUACUUGGAUACUGUACCUAUUUCUACCAGGAGUGUAGACAGGGGAGGUCAACGAGAUGGCUGUCUUGUGUUUGUAAAGUGUGAGAUAGCUGCAUUCAAGGUAUGACUCAUAUGGCCAACAGUCGUAAUGUGAAUUGUAAGUUAAUAUAAAAGAUUAUAUUUAUAUAUACAUAUAUCUAUGUAGUCGUGUGUGAGGAUCCCCAGAGUUUCUGUAAAUGUUUUGUGCAAAUCUUUUCUCUUAAGCAAAACUGUGUGUUAAGCCUAAAUAAAAAAGAACGAAAAAAAAAGAAGCUUGCUUUGACAGGCUUUGGAAAUCUUCGGUGGACUUUAGAAGAAGGAAAGUGACCAAAUCUUGAAUGUUACUUGCGACAGCAGUGAGGUAAUUCAGAAGAAAUUAAACAAUAUUAAUACAGCUAAUGCGGUAAGCUUAAGCCCCAUCCCCCCUUCUCCCGUACAUACGUGUGUGUCAGGACCCUAGAAGAGCCAAGUGCCUUGCGCUAGGAAAGCAGCUUUCCAAGUCAGGGAUUGGAUUUAAACUAAUUCGCGGCUGAAGUGCAAUUUUUAUUGUCCGAAAGGAAAUGUGAUUAUAUAGGGCUUGUGGUGGAAAUUGGACCAGCCUUCCGUUCCUGUGGCUGGCAGACCUUGUGGGAAUGCUCCUUUGAGCAUUUGGUGUGGUCCUUUUUUUUCCCCCCUUCUUUUUUAUCUUGGCCUGCUUAUCAGAAGCCAUCACGGGAGGACGAUGAUGAUGAUGAUGAAGACAACACUGAACGGAAUUGUGGACCAGUUUUUUCCAGUAAGCCAACUUAGUAAUCAUUUGUAUGUGAGAAUGACAUUGAUUAAUGCAUCUAUUUUCACAAGAAUUUCAGGAUCUUUUUUGACUCUGCUUUUCUCUCAUUUUUCUUGUCUGUUUUUUUCUCUUUUUUUUUUAUCAUAUUUUGUACUUGUUAACUCCCUUUAUUUUUUUCCUUUUCUUCUUUCUUCUUUAAUUAAUAUAUAUAUAUCCUUCCUCGACCUUUGUAAUCUACUACUUGUUCAUAGAUGUGCUGUUGAAAAAAAAAAAGCAUUUAAAAACAGAAAAAAAUUUGUAAUGAUGAUGAUAAGAAAGAAGAAAGCUAGGAACAGAAGGGACUUAACAGGUUGUGGGAGGCCAGGGAAGAUGCAAGCCCACCAGUGAGCCCUUGUGUCUGGCCCAGUCUGGCCUCCCUCCCUCUCCAAUCUCGAGCUCUGUUGUGUUUCCGGACGCAGGUGUUGAGCAGCCACCCGCUCCCUUGGGGGGCGGGGGAGCAACGCGCAAGAGUAAUGGUAACCUUUUGUGUAUAUUGGACUGUGCAGGAUGUCCUCAUAAAGAGUUUUUAUAUAUAUAGGGUCUACAACUUAGGGCUUUGUGGCUGAUCAGUGGCCAGUAGAUGCAAAGGGGUGGGAAGGAACUCCUUGGGGAGGACGUGUCUGACCGUGAUAAUAGCGAAGAGUUUUACGAUUAUAAUUUUUUGCCUCUUCUUUUUGAAAGUGCGUUUAUUUUUCGAUUUUCAUCGAAUGCCACCAAUCUGUAGUACAGGUUAUAGUGAUUUGAUUUUUAAAAAAUUGUCAUUGUAAUUUUAUCAUUAUUUCAUCACCUUAUUUUUAUUUGUAUUUUUAUACAGAUAUUUUUUUCUCGUAUGUUUGUAUCUUCCAAAAUCGUCAAGGAAUUCUCUUCAAUCUCUUAUCUUUUCUCUAAAUCCUGUGACUGGUUUUGUAAGUAUCACCUUUAUACUCUUAGUUCCCGUUUGACUAAGAAGCCUUUUCUUAUCCCUUGCUUUUGCAUUUUCUUAUCCAGAGUACAGAUGGACAAGCCUUGCCAAAGCACUGAAGACAAAUUUUUUUUCCCCUCCCCCUCCAUCAUAAUCUUAAGUUGUUGUCUGUAUGUUUUUAAUGUAAUUUAUAAUAAUUUCACUUUUUUAUAAAUCCUAAUUAGAUUAUUAAGGAUUUUUAGAUGUAUUGAAUACUAUACAUGGCAUUGUUUAUAGAUACCCCCCUCCGGUAAGAUGUAAGGCUCGUAUCCAAUAUGGCCUCCAUAUAUUGCCUGUUAUCCCUGUGAAUCUAGAGUAAGUCAGCUGGUGGAUUGGUGGAUCCAAGAGAUGUGUACAGAAGGCACCGUAAGUCAUGCUGUCUAGCAUUUCCCCCAUAGGCUUGUACUGUACAGGAUAGAUAUUGUAGGAUAGGCUGGAAGUUAAUUCCUUGCUUCAAGGUUUACCACACUGAUAAAUAUACCGUAUCACAAAUAGACUGAUGAAUGUUAAAUUAUGAUUUUUUCUUUCUUUCUCCCCUUUUUGUAUUUAUUGUUUUUCUAUCUAUAAUAUUUGUUUAUAUAUAUAUAUAUAUACACACACUGCAUGAUAUUUUGAUACAGUGCAUUUCUUGGCCGCCAGCCACGCCUCCAGUCCCCAGACUCUCCCACCUUAACACGAACGUACGAUGUCAGAUAUUAAGUAUUAUGCCUGUCCUCGUGAAUUAUGUAUUUUAUCUUAAAAGAUUUGUAUAAUAUAAGUAACCCAAGCAUUCUCAUAUGUUUGAUGUGUACUGUCAGGGGCCAUUUGCGGUCUGUGGAUGUAUACUCCUGUUUGUGUGGAUUUCUGAUGAUGAACAAUGUCAAUAUGUAAAUAAGUUGUUGAAUACAGUCAAUAAACAUUUUCAUGUAUA